AUGGUUUCAGAGGUAAAAGAAGGCCGUUCUCCAUCGUCAUGGUGGUGUGAUAGCCAUAGUCGUUCUCAUCAAUCUGAAUGGCUUCAAACUACCAUAUCAGAUUUGGAUAAGAAGACCAAACUCAUGCUAAGUAUUAUAGAAGAUGAUGGAGUUUCAUUUGCGAAGAGAGCCGAGAUGUUCUACAAUAGUAGACCUGAGCUCAUAAAAAUGGUGGAAGACUUGCAUAAGUCCUACCGUUUGCUAGCUCAAAACUACGACCACCUCAAAUCUUCAUCCAUUCCCAGACCUUUUUUAUCUCCACCGGGUUCCUUUAGACGAGUGCAACACCUACGAAACUCCGGAGAUAUGGAAUUGGAGGCAUCCAUUUCCCACCCUCAGCCCGUUGCAGAAGAUCCUGGUUUUGAAGCUGAAACCUCCAACUUUGACUUGAGGAAGAACUCCAGUGAGAAGAAGAUUAUAAAUGGCGUUGAGCAUAGUAACUUUGGAAUGCCUGAUUUAGAAAGGAAGAAAAUGUGGGACGAAUUGCAGUUGGAGGUGACGAAGCUGAUGGAGGAGAAUCUGCGGCAGCAGGCUGAGUUGAUAAGGAGAAAUGAUGAGAAGAGAGAAGCCAUUAAGGAACUGUUUUCCCAGAUCAAGAAGCUAAUGGAUGAGAAUAGAGCUUUAAGGACUUGUCUAGCGACCCAUAGGCUCUCAUGCACCAUAACAAAUCUCAAGCAUCAAGACUGA